UUUUCGUUUAUAAAACACAUUAAAUUACAUAUGAAAGGAUUGGACUACGUUGGACUUGUAUUGCGAGAUGUUUAACACCCUUUGAAUAGGAAUAUUUGAUCUGUUUCUUGGAACUAAGGUGAUUUUGAGAUUUGUUUACAACCGGUAUCCUCUUUUCGUGUCAUUCCUUGUUUGAUAUUUAUAUAAAGAUUGAGAACAUAAUGGAUAAGAAGCCCCUGUGCAUGGAUCUCUAUUGUCGAUCAGAAGUUUGAAAGAACACGGGUAGCUGACUGUGAUAAAACGAUUUGCAAUUACCAAUGAAGACAUGAUCAGAUUAGCGCCCGACUUGAUAGAAGGUAAUGGCGAGUUCUUAUGAAUCAACGCCAGAGACAACGAACGCAAACAGAGCAUGUCGAGUUGUUCUCGGUCCCUGCACGGAUAGUCUACGUGACUUAUUGCGUCACUACGUCCCACCACACACAUUUCAUCAUGUCAUUAAACAAAACAAGCUUAAUCUUCCUCGACUUAACAGAGAUCAGCGAGACCUCAUCUUACCACGAACUGGGAACUAUGCUGGAAACUAUGGUGAUAUGGACAUUUCAUUACUGUAUAUCUUAUUGAGGAAUAUAUCUAGCAUACCACCACACUCCAAUGGCUGGGGCAACGAUCCUGACCCCAGUGACAAGAGCGUCUCUGCCAACAUUGAGAAGAUUCGAUUGGUUCGGAAUCUUUGUGUUCACUCAUCUGAUCCAUCCAUGUCCAUCUCGGACUUUAAUUCCAUUUGGUCCACCAUUAGGUCUGCAAUGGUAGAUAUGGAUGUCUUCCUCAUGAAUGGAAACAAAUAUGAAAAAGAGGUGGAUUUCCUACAUAGCGAGUCGAUGGACCCUGAAAAUGACCUACAUUAUGAAGAAGAACUGAAGAAGCAGGUGGAGGAAGAUAAGACAACCAGGAAAAUGAUGGUCAGCCUUAAAAGGAAGUUCGAGGAAACUGCAGAGGAAACAAAGAAGUUGCAUGGUAAAGUAGUGAAACUAACUGAGUCCCCCAUCCCACCAAAUGUGAGAGAGCAAUACGAUAUUGAGGUUCAGAGAUGGAGAGAGGAAGACAAGCUUUACUAUGAAACCCACAACUUCCCCUCAGUGAUGCAGAAAGUGAGAAACCAACCAUACGUAACAUUUGUCGUUGUACCUGGGUCUGGGAAGUCUGCCACGGCUCACCACAUCGCCCUCAAGCUCCAGGAGGAAGGUUAUGAAGUUGUACCAGCCAAAGACAUCAGGAAGAUGGAGGACUAUGGUGACCCCAGGAAUCCGCAGGUUUUUGUUAUUGAUGAUGUGGUGGGUGUCUUUGGCCUCCAAAAAACUAAUUUAGAUGUGUUAACUAAUUAUGAAAAGAAAAUAACACAGCCUUUAAUGGAUAAGUCUCGAACUUUGAUGACAUGUAGAGAGACUGUGUACAAUGAGACACUACCUUACAAAGCAUUCGUUACUAAAGAUGAGAAUGUGAUUAAGUUACACAGUUCUGACAAUGCAUUAGAUGACGAAGACAAAAAACAGAUUUUCAAGAAAUAUGGUUUAAAGGAAGAUCUAAUAUCGCCUGAAUUGCUGACAUCAACAUCUCACAUGUUUCCCCUUCUCUGUAAAUUAUUUUCAAAGGAAACAAAAUUCAAAGCUCUUGGUCCAACGUUUUUCCUGAAUCCAGUCCAAUGUAUCAGUGAUGAACUUGAUAAUAUGCAAAGACUUAACAAACUGAAUUAUGCAACACUUGUUUUGUGUAUGCUAAGUGAAAAUAGCAUCUCUAAAGACAUUUUAAAACAUAGAAAAAAUGAACAUUUCAUGAAGAAGAAAUGUGAUACUUUGGAAAAUUGUGAAUUAGAAAACCAAACUGAUGCAUUCAAGUUUGUGAAAGCCUUGUCAGCAAUGGAGGGGACAUACACAAAACAGUGUGGUGCACAAUACACAUUGAUGCAUGACUCCAUGUUUGAAAUAUGUGCUUAUCAGUAUGGCAAACAGUUUCCUGACCAAAUGUUGUUGUAUAUGAGUAGUAGUUAUAUUGCUAAUUAUGUCAAGCCACAGACAAGUGAACCAGGUAUUGUUAACAAAAUGAAAGAGAAAAAGAGUGUUUCUCAAUCUAGUAAGGGGGGUGAGAGUAGCAAUAAUUGUGAAGGAAAAGAGAAGGAGAGCGAUGAUACAAUCAAUGAGAGAGGGGAAUCGUUUGAUCUGUGUAUAAGGUUACGUGAGGAUCAGUAUCCACUGUUAGCAGAGAGAUUGUACAGAGACAUACAGAACAUGAAGCUGUAUGAUGUUUUCGGGAAUCAGGUUUUAAAACACCCUCAGGUGUGUUGGGCAUUUAUUGGUGUGUUAAAAACAAAGUCAUACACAGAUUUAAAAUCCUUAUUUCUGUCCAGUCAGGGAAAGGUAGAUAACAUAGUGAGAAAACGAGGGUGUAUGGAGAAGGAGACUGCAUGUGAAGGAGGACAUGUGAGUGUGGUGGAGGAGCUGGUGAAGGCGGGAGCUGAUAUCAAUCUACAGAAUUAUGACGGGGAUACACCACUGGCAGCUGCAUGUGAGUUAGGGCAUGUGAGUGUGGUAGUAGAGCUUGUGAAGGCAGAGGCUGAUGUCAAUCUACAGCAUAGAUGGGGGGAUACAUCACUGAUAGAUGCAUGUGGAGGAGGACAUAAUAGACAGGGGAAUACAUCACUGAUAGCUGCAUGUGAAGGAAGACAUGUGAGUGUGGUGGAGGAGCUGGUGAAGGCGGGGGCUGAUGUCAAUCUACAUAAUAGACGGGGGGAUACAUCACUGACAGCUGCAUGUGAAGAAGGACAUGUGAGUGUGGUGGAGGAGCUGGUGGUGAAGGCGGGGGCUGAUGUCUAUCUACAGAAUAGAUGGGGGGAAACACCACUGACAGCUGCAUGUAACUUAGGACAUGUGAGUGUGGUGGAGGAGCUGGUGAAGGCGGGGGCUGAUGUCAAUCUACAGGAUAAUCCCGAGAAUACAGCACUGACAGCUGCAUGUAAAGAAGGACAUGUGAGUGUGGUGGAGGAGCUGGUGAAGGCGGGGACUGAUGUCAAUCUACAGGAUAAUCCCGAGAAUACACCACUGACAGCUGCAUGUAAAGAAGGACAUGUGAGUGUGGUUGAAAAGCUGGUGAAGGCGGGGACUGAUGUCAAUCUACAGAAUGGAUGGGGGGAUACACCACUGAUAGCUGCAUGUGAAGGAGGACAUGUGAGUGUGGUGGAGAAGCUGGUGAAGGCGGGGGCUGAUGUCAAUUUACAGAAUAGAUGGGGGGAUACACCACUGAGAGCUGCAUGUUACUUAGGACAUGUGAGUGUGGUGGAGGAGCUGGUGAAGGCGGGGGCUGAUGUCUAUCUACAGAGUAGAUGGGGGGAUACACCACUGAUAGCUGCAUGUUACUUAGGACAUGUGAGUGUGGUGGAGGAGCUUGUGAAGGCGGGGGCUGAUGUCAACCUACAGAAUAGAUGGGGGGAUACUCCACUGGUAGCUGCAUGUAAAGAAGUACAUGUGAGUGUGGUGGAGGAGCUGCUGGUGAAAGUGGGGGCUGAUGUCAAUCUACAGAAUAGACUGGGGGAUACACCACUGAUAGCUGCAUGUAAAGAAGUACAUGUGAGUGUGGUGGAGGAGCUGGUGAAGGCGGGGACUGAUGUCAAUCUACAGAAUAGAUGGGGGGAUACACCACUGAUAGCUGUAUGUGAAGGAGGACAUAAUAGAUGGGGGGAUACACCACUGACAGCUGCAUGUGAAAGAGGAGAUGUGAGUGUGGUGGAGGAGCUGGUGAAAGCGGGGGCUGAUGUCAACCUACAGAAUAGAUGGGGGGAUAUACCACUGACAGCUGCAUGUAGAAAAAGACAUAUGAGUGUGGUGGAGGAGCUGGUGAAGUCGGGGGCUGAUGUCAAUCUACAAAAUAGAUGGGGGGAUACUCCACUGACAGCUGCAUGUAGAGAAGAACAUAGUGUGAUGGAGGAGCUGGUGAAGGCGGGGGUUGAUCUCAAACUACAGAAAACUCCCGAGAAUACACCACUGACAGCUGCAUGUAAAGAAGAACAGGUGAGUGUGGUGGAGGAGCUGGUGAAGGCGGGAGCUGUUGUCAAUCGAGAGAAUAGAUGGGAGUAUACACCACUGAAAGCUGCAUGUGAAGGAGGACAUGUGCGUGUGGUGGAGGAGCUGGUGAAGGCGGGGGCUGAUGUCAAUCUGUAGAAUAGAUGGGGGAAUGCACCACUGA